AUGGCAGAAUUUUCCGGCGAGAUAGACCACCACCGCAGCUCCACCUCCACCCACCGGCCUCACCACCCAACUCCAUCCCGCUCCCACCAGUCUCCUUCUCUCUCAUUCUACAGCCCUCACACAUACCCAUUCCCAUCUUCACAAAGAACCCGACAUAACAACCACCGUGUACCUCCCACCACCCCUUUUGCCUCCGACAAUGACCGGUCAUGGCAAGCUGAGAUCUCAUGGCAGUUUGAACCGCAAAACAACCGUAGCACCGCCGCCCUUGGUGCAGCUCUAAGCCCAUGGGCCGGGCCCACACCCUCACACUCACCCUCCCCGGCUCCUACACCUGGCAACCGUGUAUUCCGCCAGUCAGCUAACGAAUUUUAUCUUUCUCGUACUUCUAAUAGUUAUGAUGUUAACUUUCGUAACUUUACAAAUCCACAUUAUGAAUAUUCCACUGUGUUGUCUCCUACUCCUGGUAGAAUCGAACUCCAAAGCUUUGUCGACAAUCAUCAGCCACAUAGCACUUCCUUCAAUGCUGGUUACACUAAGUCUCCUACUUUUGCAAAAAUGGGAAAUCGUACUCCUAGAAAAAGUAAUGCUGAAUCUUUUAUAAGUGAUUAUGAUGAUGAUGAUAUAGAGAAUGAAACAGGAGGAAACAAACAAGAUCCCCGAUGGUUCUCUGUUUCACGUGCUUAUGUUGAUCAUGAUCGUAUGGGGGGAUAUGAUUAUGAUGGGCAAAAUAGUCCUUAUGGGAUUUCUUUUAGGAGCCAUGAUUAUAAUAGUAAUCAUAGUCAGUAUCUUCAAAGUUACGUGGAGGAGGGGGACGAGGUUGAUGAGGAUGAAAUUGUAGCACCAAAAAGCAUCGGGGUUUUUGGGUUGUUUAAGUAUUCGACAAAAUUUGAUAUGUUUCUUGUAGUAAUAGGGUGUUUGGGUGCUUUGAUAAACGGAGGGUCUUUACCAUGGUACUCUUAUCUUUUUGGAAAUUUUGUCAAUAAAAUCGCUUUGGAUAACGACAAGGACCAGAUGAUAAAAGAUGUCAGAAAGGUUUGUGUGCUAAUGGCGGGGUUAGCAGGAAUAGUGGUGUUUGGAGCGUAUUUACAAAUUGGUUGUUGGCGAUUGGUGGGAGAAAGAUCAGCUCAUAGAAUAAGAACCAAAUACCUAAGAGCAGUUUUGAGACAGGACGUUAGCUUCUUUGACACAGACAUUACUACUAGUGACAUCAUGCAUGGAAUCUCAAGUGAUGUUGCUCAAAUCCAAGAAGUUAUGGGGGACAAGAUGGCACACUUCAUUUAUCACAUAUUUACCUUCAUAUGUGGCUACACAGUUGGAUUCUUAAAAUCUUGGAAGGUUUCUUUAGCAGUUCUUGCUGUGACUCCAUUAACAAUGUUCUGUGGCAUUGCCUAUAAAGCAGUCUAUGUCGGCCUUGCUACAAAAGAAGUGAAUUCUUACAAAAAAGCCGGAAGCAUAGCAGAACAAGCCAUAAGUUCAAUCAGAACUGUGUUUUCUUUUGUAGCAGAAGAGAAUUUAGCAGCAAGAUACGAUGCAGUAUUGGAUGAAUCAGUUCCAGUAGGAAAAAAACUGGGUUUUGCAAAGGGUAUAGGAAUUGGUGUGAUAUAUUUAGUUACUUAUUCAACAUGGGCAUUAGCUUUCUGGUAUGGAUCUAUUUUGGUAUCAAGAAACGAGUUAUCUGGUGGUGCAGCCAUUGCUUGCUUCUUUGGUGUCAAUGUUGGUGGCAGGGGAUUGGCGUUAUCUUUAUCAUAUUUGGCUCAAUUUGCACAAGGGACUGUAGCAGCUAGUAGAGUGUUUGAAGUUAUAGAUAGAAUCCCAGCCAUUGAUCCUUAUAGUACUUUAGGAAGAAAGCUUGAUAAUGUUCGUGGAAAAGUAGAGCUUAAAGGUGUUUCUUUUGUCUACCCAUCUCGCCCAAAUGUCCCAAUUUUGAAUUCUCUAAAUUUAGUGAUUCCAUCUCAAAGAACUUCAGCAUUAGUUGGUGCUAGUGGGGCAGGAAAGUCCACCAUUUUUGCUCUUUUGGAAAGGUUCUAUGAUCCUAAUGAAGGUUUGAUAAUGGUGGAUGGUGAAGAUAUAAGAAGUUUACAAGUGAAAUGGCUGAGAAGUCAAAUGGGGAUGGUGGGUCAAGAGCCUGUCUUGUUUGCAGACACAAUUCUUGAAAACAUUUUAAUGGGGAAAGAGAAUGCCACUAAGAAAGAUGCUAUUGCUGCUUGUGUUGCAGUGAAUGCACACAAAUUCAUAUCUGAUUUACCACAAGGGUAUGACACACAGGUAGGGGACAAAGGAAGCCAGCUGUCAGGAGGUCAAAAGCAACGUAUUGCAUUAGCUCGUGCUAUGAUCAAAGAUCCUAAGAUUCUUCUUUUAGACGAGCCCACAAGUGCUUUAGAUUCAAACUCUGAGUCUCUUGUUCAAUACGCCAUUGAUAACAUCUCAAAAGGAAGAACCACAAUUGUGAUUGCUCAUAGACUCGCAACUGUCAGAAAUGCUGACAUGAUUGUUGUUCUUGAGCAAGGAUCUGUUGUGGAAAUUGGUGACCAUAAUCAGCUCAUGACAAGAGAAGGAGCUUACUUUUCUCUCAUCAAGCUUGCAUCUGAAGCUGUUUCAAUGAGCCCAGUAGCUGAAAAGGGCGAAAUGGGUAUUAUAAAUCAUGAAGCAUCUGGUAAUUAUGAUCUGUUGAAAUCAAACCAUGUGUAUGAGAUUUCGUUAUCUGGGUACAUGAAAUCCGCUCAAGAAGCAAACCAAGUAGAAACAGAGAAAGUAUCAUCAUACGGGAUUUCUCAAGUAUGGAAAUUACAGAAACCAGAGGCGAGUUUGCUUUUUGUUGGCGUAAUUUUUGGUAUACUUGCAGGUGCGAUUCUCUCUCUAUUCCCAUUGGUUUUAGGUCAAGCCCUAAAAGUCUAUUUCAAUCCAGAAAAGUCAAAAUUGAAGAAAGAUGUGGGGUACCUUUGUUUGGCAUUGAUCGGAUUAGGGUUUGGGUGUAUUCUCACCAUGACGAUUCAACAAGGGUUCUGUGGUUUGGCGGGAACAAAGCUCACCAAGAGGGUUCGCGAUGUUCUUUUCCGGUCAAUGCUGAAACAAGAACCGGGUUGGUUUGACUCAGACCAAAACUCAACCGGAAUACUUAUUUCAAGGUUGUCUGUUGACUGUAUAAGUUUCAGAUCAGUUCUAGGAGAUAGAUACUCUGUUAUUUUCAUGGGGUUGAGCUCAGCUGCUGUUGGACUUAGUGUCUCGUUUUAUCUUGAAUGGAGAUUAGCCCUUUUGGCUACUAUUCUUACUCCAUUUACACUUGGCGCUAGCUAUUUUAGCUUGAUUGUCAACAUUGGUUCGAAGCUUGAUAAUGGUUCAUAUGAUAAAGCUAGUGGUAUAGCUUCAGGUGCAGUAUCAAACAUUCGUACAGUGGCAACUUUUGCAACUCAAGAAAAGAUCGUUCAGUCUUUUGAGAAAUCUUUGUUGGAGCCAAAAGCAACUUCUGUGAGAAGAUCGCAACUUACAGGGAUAGCAUUAGGGUUCUCUCAAGGUGCAAUGUACUCUGCGUAUACUCUGGUUCUGUUUUCUGGGGCUUACCUUGUGAAAGAAGACUACACGACGUUUGGAGAUGUGUACAAGAUCUUCCUGAUCCUUGUUUUGAGCUCGUUUUCGGUUGGACAACUGGCGGGUCUUGCUCCAGAUACUUCAAUGGCGUCUACUGCAAUUCCAGCGGUUUUUAAUAUUCUUAAUCGUAAGCCAUUGAUUCACGGGAAAGACAAAACGAUGGAACGAUCAAGGCCGUAUGAUGUGGAGUUUAAGAUGGUGAGUUUUGCUUAUCCGUGUAGGCCAGAUGUGACUGUUUUGAGGGAUUUCAGUUUGAAGGUGAAAGGUGGAACCAUGGUGGCGGUCGUCGGAGGGAGUGGUUCUGGGAAAUCGACAGUCAUAUGGUUGACACAACGGUUUUAUGAUCCGAUCCGAGGGAAAGUUUUGAUGGGAGGAGUGGAUUUGAGGGAGCUUGAUUUGAAAUGGCUGCGUCUUCAAACUGCUUUGGUGGGUCAAGAGCCUGCUUUGUUUGCUGGCACCAUUCGAGAAAACAUACGAUUCGGAAACCCUAAUUCUUCAAUGUCGGAGAUUGAAGAAGCUGCUAAAGAAGCUUGCAUUCACAAUUUCAUCUGUGGUCUCCCACUAGGUUAUGAAACUGAGGUCGGCGAGAGUGGGAUUCAGAUGUCAGGAGGUCAGAAACAACGGUUAGCAAUAGCUAGGGCAAUAGUGAAGAAAUCAAAGGUGUUGUUACUAGAUGAAGCAACCAGUGCACUGGAUUUGGAAUCGGAGAAGCAUGUUCAAGAAGCGCUUAGGAAGAUCACCAAACGGACCACCACCAUAGUGGUGGCUCACCGCCUCUCCGCCAUUAGAGAAGCCAACCUUAUAGCGGUGGUCCAAGAUGGUAAGGUGUCUGAAUAUGGAACCCAUGACACACUCAUGGCUUCCCAUGUUGAUGGUGUUUAUGCUAGCCUUGCUCGAGCUGAAAUGGAAGCUAAUGUUUUUGGUUAAUUGAGAAUCCCUCAUUUGUAUACUGUAAAUAAUCUUAUGAACUAUUUAGCUA